UUGCUUCCUCUCUUAGAACGGUGUAUGGCCGAUUCAACACCGCUUCUCUCUGAUUGUGAUAAACCGGCAGAACCCAAGCGGCUGCCUCGAUCCCUCGAUGAAACCAUCGAACGCUGCAUCGGAGACUUCGGGUGGUUCCAAAUCUUUCAAGCAAUACUCGUCUCAUUUGCUUGGGUCUUUGACGCCCAGCAAACGUUCAUCAGUGUAUUCACUGACGCUGAGCCAUCUUGGCACUGCACUGACGAUUCGGUUUGCGACAAGUUCUCCAACAUUUGCCAACUCCCCAAGGGUUCAUGGUCUUGGGAUUGGCCUGCGCACACAUCGAUUAUAUCGGAAUGGGGCCACGAAUGUUCCACCUCUUUCAUCACUGGGCUACCUGCUUCUUCUUUCUUCAUGGGUUGCCUAUUUGGUGGACUUGUGCUUGCCACGCUUGCUGACUCGACACUUGGCCGUAAAAAUAUGCUCUUGUUCGCUUGUCUAAUGAUGUCUUUUUCUUCCAUAUUCACCGUUUUUUCGCCCAAUAUUUGGAUCUAUUCAGCCUUGAGAUUCAUCAAUGGGUUUGGCCGCGCAACUGUUGGAACUUGUGCCCUGGUGUUAUCAACCGAGCUUGUGGGAAAACGGUGGCGCGGCCAAGCUGGUGUUAUCGGAUUCUUUUGUUUUACUUUAGGGUUUCUGUCAUUACCUGCAAUGGCAUAUGUAAAUAGAGGUUCCUCAUGGAGAACUCUGUAUCUCUGGAUUUCGGUGCCGACAAUUUUGUAUUGUGUGUUAGUUCGUUUGUUAGUUCACGAGUCCCCGAGAUGGCUGUUCGUUAAAGGACGCAAAGAGGAAGCAGUUACGACACUCAAAAGCAUGGCUCAGACUGCUAGUGUCUUGACAAUGAGUUUCUCCAAUGUCAUAAUCGAGCAAGAAUCUUGGAACGACAAUGUAGAUAUUUACUCUUCCAUCAAGAUAAUGUUGAACAAGCGAUGGGCUGCUCAAAGGCUAGCCGCCGUCAUGGUGGCAGGUUUUGGGAUUGGAAUGGUGUACUACGGCAUGCCACUAGGCCUCGGAAAUCUGUCAGUCAAUCUCUAUUUAGGCGUCACAUUAAACGCCUUAUCCGAGCUCCCAGCUUCACUGAUUACAUUCUUCCUUAUAGGGAAAAACAGGAAAGAGUCGUUGUUGGGUUUCACAAUCUUAAGCGGUGUAUGCAGUGUAAUGUGUGUGGUGAUGGGAAGAGUGUGGCCAAGUUUACAGAUAGCAAUGGAGCUGAUAUCUUUCUUCAGCGCUUGCACGGCGUUCAACAUGGCUCUGAUAUACACAUUAGAGCUAUUCCCCACAUGCGUGAGGAACUCAGCCAUCUCAAUGGUGAGGCAAGCGCUUGUGUUUGGGGGAGUGUUCAGCCCAUUGCUUGUGGCUGCUGGUAGGAAAAAUAACUUGAUAUCGUUUGGGGUUUUUGGGAUGGCGAUCGGGGUUUGUGGGCUGCCAUUGAUCGGGUUACCGGAGACGAGAGGCGGCACAAUUUGUGACACAAUGGACGAAGAGGAGCACAGACAGAAGGAAAAGGCGGCAGCCGCAAUUCCAACGUUGGCAUAAGCUGUAUGGGUCCAAUGAUUAACUUGCCAAUAAUUGCUUGUUAAAGUUGGUAUUUCUUUUUUAAUGCUGCCUUUGUUGUACAUCUUUUUCGAAUAUUUUGUAUGAAUAAAUUUCAUUAUUUUGUAAA